GGCGCAGCUUCCGCCCCGCGGGCGCUUCAGUCUGUGGGUCGCAGCGGCCCGGACCCCUGGAGCCAUGGCGCCCAAAAAGAAAGGGAAAGGCAGAGGUACCCCGAUCGUGGACGGGCUGGCUCCGGAGGACAUGAACAAGGAGCAGGUGGAGGGGCACAUCGCCCGCAUCCGGGAGGAGCUGGACCGUGAGCGGGAGGAGCGCAACUACUUCCAGCUGGAGCGGGACAAGAUCCACACCUUCUGGGAGAUCACACGGAGGCAGCUGGAGGAGAAGAAGGCCGAGCUGCGGAACAAGGACCGGGAGAUGGAGGAGGCCGAGGAGAGGCACCAGGUGGAGAUCAAGGUCUACAAGCAGAAGGUGAAGCACCUGCUAUAUGAGCACCAGAACAGCCUGACGGAGAUGAAGGCCGAGGGCACCGUGGCCAUGAAGCUGGCCCAGAAGGAGCACCGCACGCAGGAGGGGGCCCUGCGCAAGGACGUGCGGACGCUGAAGGUGGAGCUCAAGGAGCAGGAGCUGGCCCACGAGGUGGUGGUGAAGAACCUGCGGCUGAAGCACGCGGAGGAGAUCACCAAGAUGCGGAACGACUUCGAGAGGCAAGUGCGAGAAAUUGAGGCCAAGUAUGAUAAGAAGAUGAAGAUGCUUAGGGAUGAGCUGGACCUGCGGAGGAAGACCGAGAUCCACGAAGUGGAGGAGAGGAAGAACGGCCAGAUCAGCACGCUGAUGCAGCGGCACGAGGACGCCUUCACGGACAUGAAGAACUACUACAACGACAUCACCCUCAACAACCUGGCCCUCAUCACCUCCCUCAAGGAGCAGAUGGAGGACAUGCGGAAGAAGGAGGAGCACCUGGAGAGGGAGAUGCAGGAGGUGACGGCACAGAACCGGCGCCUGGCGGACCCGCUGCAGAAGGCCCGCGAGGAGAUGAGCGAGAUGCAGAGGAGGCUGGGAGACCACAAGCGGGACAAGCAGACCCUGGCUUGCACACAGGCCCGUCUGAAAGUCACCGAGAAAGACCUCAAGAGCCUGCAGUGGGAACAUGAGGUGCUGGAGCAGCGGUUUGUCAAGGUGCAGCAGGAGCGGGACGAGCUCUACGGGAAGUUCACUGCCGCCAUCCUGGACGUGCAGCAGAAGGCAGGCCUCAGGAACCUGGUCCUGGAGCGCAAGCUGCAGGCCCUCGGGGCGGCCGUGGAGAAGAAGGAGGUGCAGCUCAAUGAGGUGCUGGCUGCCUCCAACCUGGACCCCGAGGCCCUGGCCCUGGUGUCCCGCAAACUGGAGGAUGUCCUGGAGUCGAAGAAUAGCACCAUCAAGGACCUGCAGUACGAACUGGCACGAGUCUGCAAGGCCCACAACGACCUGCUGCGCACCUACGAGGCGAAGCUCCAGGCCUUCGGGAUCCCCCUGGACAGCGUGGGCUUCAAGCCCCUGGAGACAGCCGUGAUGGGGCAGACCCUGGGCCAGGGCCCUGCGGGACUCGUGGCCACCCCAACGUAGCACCGCCCGAGACCCUCCCUGCACAGCACCCCUCGUACACACCGCGGGCGGAAGGCGUGCCUUGGAUUUGUCA